AGUGAGAACAGCUAUGACUGCGAUGGGCGGGAUGAAGAUGUGAUAUUAUCUGGUGUGUUGGUCUUAGUGUAUAUAAGGACAUGACUUCCUCUGCUUCAACAGGCUUUCACCAUCUCACUGAAGAAGGGUGCUAAGUAGCUAAUUUUUCUAAUCAUCAGCCCAUAUAGACACUUUAGUGUUCUCCACUGCUGGAAAAAUGAAAAACCUAAUCUUGGUUGCUUUGAUCCUUCUGCUGGGGAUCACACCAACAGAGAGUAGUGGGGAAUUCCAAUUUGGAGAUAUUAUUGCGUUUGAGAGAACGUUUGAACUAGAAACAAUAGUCUACAAGCACUAUGCUUUUUAUGUGGGCCCAAGUACAGAAAUAGACGUCGGCCAAGGUGAUAAUGACAUAAUUCACCUCACAGGUAAAACAUGCAUGGUUUCUGAGAUUGCAUUUGGUAAAAUUGAAAAGGUGAAGGGAACAUCAACAGUCUUAAAGGACAAUUACCUCGAUGAAGUUGAAGGCUUCAAAAUACAAAAUAACAAAGCCACCGAGGAUCUGAUGAUACAGCGAAUCAAGGACACAAUUAAACAAAGGAGCAUGUAUAGACCCUUUAAAAACAACUGUGAACUCUAUGUUACCAGGUUGCGCUAUGGGAAGCCCAGUUUUGAGCAGCAUGGCACACUGGUUGAACCUUUUUUAAAAAAAAAGGAGGCAGCAACAAAAGCACUGAAGACCGUAGCCAAAUAUAUAGUAACUAAGUUAGGCUAACAAUUAUCUUACCAUCUAAAUCUGUCAGCCUUUCUUGCUCUCCUCUUCUUUCCUUACAUAACAUGAGGUCUUAUUUGAAAUAAAAAAUAAUGAGCAAGAA